AAUGGGAACUUCAUCAUCCAUCAGUAUCACUUUCCCAAAUGCAAGCAGUUUGAAGGUCUUGGAGGAAGGCAAAUGGGAUCUUCAAUACUGCUUCUGAUCUUAGUUUCGGCUGUUUUUCUUAUAAAUCUCAUUUCUGCUGCCGAUCCUUACUUCCAAUCUGCUUGUGUUAACAAUGGCAACUUCACCGCCAACAGUACUUAUGGGACCAACGUCAACCGUCUGUUUUCCCAGCUAACCUCCACGGCGGAUUUCGAUUAUGGGUUCUACAAUAUGUCUGUUGGUCGGAGCCCUGACCAGGUCAACGCAAUCGGACUAUGCAGGGGAGACCAGAAAGAGGACGUUUGCAGAAGUUGCCUGAACGAGACCGUCUCCGAGCUCGAGAUGCUAUGUCCCAACUACAAAGAGGCGAUCGGGUGGUCGGAAUUCUGUACGUUACACUACUCAAGUCAACAACUCUUCGAAUCCAUGGAAUCCAGUCCUUUCCGUAUACUGUAUAAUGUUAACAACGCUUCAGAUGUUAAUGGGUUCAAUCAGGCAUUGAGCUCUUUGUUGACUAACUUGAGCAGCCGUGCGGCUGCCGGAGGCUCUCUUCGCAAGUUUGCGGGGGAUAACGUGACGGGUCCGGGUUUCUUUUUGAGAAUUUACGCAAUCAUGCAGUGCACUCCAGAUCUGUCCGUGCAAAAUUGCAGCGAUUGUUUGACAACGGCAACGGAAAGGAUCUAUUCUUACUGCUACGGGAAGGUCGGAUGCAGGGUUCUGCAACCGAGCUGUAAUUUGAGAUAUGAGACCGAGCCAUUUUUUACAGCCGUAGACGACAUUCCUCCGCCAUCACCACCACCGCCUUCAGCUCCUCCACCAGAAGGAAAUGAAAAUGGAAAUGGAAAUAAGAGCAAUACAACUCGAGCAAUCAUCAUUGGCAUAGUUGCUUCGGUUGUCGGCAUUCUGUCUCUUGUCCUCUGUAUUUGGAUCUGUUUAAAACUCAGAAAGCAAAGGAAAAUUGUUGAAACUGCUGAAGCAGAUGAAAUGAUCAAGGCUGAGUCUUUGCAAUUUGAGUUAGCCACUGUUAGAGCCGCAACUAAUAACUUCUGUGAUGAAAAUAAACUUGGACAAGGAGGAUUUGGAGUGGUUUACAAGGGCAAGCUUCCAAAUGGACAAGAAGUGGCAGUUAAAAGGCUAUCUAGUGGUUCUAGACAAGGAAACCUAGAAUUUAAGAAUGAGGUCCUCUUAGUGGCCAAACUUCAACAUCGUAAUUUGGUCAGACUCCAUGGUUUCUGCUUGGAAGGAGAUGAAAGGCUUCUCAUCUAUGAAUUUGUGCCAAACACAAGCCUUGAUCAUUUCAUUUUUGAUCCAGUCAAGCGUGCACAACUGGAUUGGGAAACCCGUUACAAAAUCAUUGGAGGCGUAGCCCGUGGCCUCCUUUACUUGCAUGAGGAUUCUCGUCUUCGAAUAAUUCAUCGCGAUCUCAAAGCAAGUAACAUUUUGUUGGAUGAAGUUAUGAAUCCUAAAAUUGCAGAUUUUGGCAUGGCAAGGUUAUUUGUAAGAGAUGAAACACAAGGCAAUACCAGUAGGAUUGUGGGAACUUAUGGAUAUAUGGCUCCAGAGUAUGCAAUGCAUGGGCAGUUCUCAAUAAAGUCAGAUGUUUUCAGUUUUGGUGUGUUACUUUUGGAAAUUAUCAGUGGUCAAAAAAACAGUUGUUUUCAAAAUGGGGAGAACAUAGAGGACCUACUAAGUUAUGCAUGGAAAAGCUGGAGGGAAAGGACUGGAUUAAAUCUCAUAGAUCCAACUUUGAGGAAUGGUUCCACGGCUGAAAUGAUGAGAUGCAUCCAUAUUGGUUUGUUAUGCGUUCAAGAAAAUGUUUCUGACAGGCCAACCAUGGCUUCAGUACUUCUCAUGCUUAGUAGUAAUUCAACCAGUCUCAAAGUCCCCUCCCGACCUGCAUUUUUUAUGCACAGCACCAUGGAAUCAGACAUGUCAUCCUCAUAUGGCUACAAUUCGUCGGUAUCGGACUCGAAGAAAUCAAAGGAAGAAUCACUCACCCUAACAAACAAUGAUGUUUCAAUUACAGAGCUAUAUCCUCGAUAGUUUUUGAGUUUCAAAGGUACAAUUAGAUUCCUAUUGCCAACACAAUUCAGAAUAAUGCCAGAACUCGCUUAUUAGAUGUAUAUGUACUGGUAUUUGAUACCAGUUCUCUCUUGUAAGCAAAACUACGUCCAGGCACGGAAAUUCAGUGUGUAAUUUGAUUCGUGUACUGGUUUCCUUCUAUUACGAUUUGAUAGUGUACAAUUUGAUAUUGGUUUCCUUCUUGUAACCAAAAUUUCUUACAUAUACUGGUUCAGUGUAACAUUUUAUAUGGUCUUGGCUUAUUUCAUCUCAAUCAAAUUGACUUGUGUAA